AUGCUCACUGAUGCCCUCCACGUCAAGAUGUUGCUCACCGAUGUUCAGCAGGAGGAAUCAACGCGCAUGUCUCCAGAGAUAGCAAAGGCACUAGCUCAUCUUCCGAAGCCAUCAUCCGGCCCGACAACACCAGCAGCCCGAGUUCAAGCCCUCCGCCAAGCCUCCGCAACGUACGACACCAAACUCCUUGCCAUGCUAGGACCUCCGCCAGCCACCAUUUCCGAAUUCUACCACACCAUAACCAUGCGCGACGGGUUCCAAAGCAAGCUCAAGAUCUGUCAACCAGCCAAUGCAAGCACUGCCACUACCAUCGGACCACUCGUCCUGCUGUUCUUCUCCGGCGCCUUCAUAACCGGAACCCUCUACAACGCCACGGUCGUCAGCGUAGCCUACCGCCUGGCCCCAGAACACCCCUUCCCCACAGCCGUCCACGACGCCAUUGACACCGUCUACUGGGCCGCCAACAACGCAGUGCUUCCCAUGUCCGCCUCUGCCGGCACAGAAGGGAAAGUCCUCCACGCUGACCCACGCACCGCAGGCUUCAUCCUCGGCGGCGCCAGCUCCGGCGGAAACCUCGCCGCUGUACUCACCCACUACUUUUCUCCUUCUCAGAACCAGCAUACUCUGCCACAAGGCGUCCGCAUUUCGGGCCAGUACGUCGGCGUGGCGCAACUUUUUCCCGACGACGGCUCUACCGUUCCCGACCAUCUCCGCGGCAAGUUCAUCUCCCGCCAGCAGAACGCUACAGCCCCGAUCCUCAACGUUGCGGCCCUUGCUGCUGGCGCUGCGGCGCUCCGAUGCAAGGAUCUAAGCUCGCCACUGCGGUUUCCUCCCGUGGAUAAGGGGUCGAUGGCAGAGCUGCCAAGAACUUAUAUUCAGAGUUGUGGGAUGGAUCCGCUUCGAGAUGACGGGUUGAUUUAUGACGAGUUGCUGAAAGAGGCGGGCGUGCAGACGAAAGUGGACUUUUAUGCUGGCGCACCGCAUGCGUUCUGGUUGGUGACGCCGCUUGAGGGGGAGGAAAGUGAAGUUGGGAGGGAGGCUGUGGUGGAUGUGCUGGGUGGGAUUGGGUGGUUGUUGGGGCGGAAUGUAGAUAAGAAGGCGAUCAGGGAGGUGUUGUGA